AUGGAGCUCCAGGACACACGUCUUAUCCCUGUCCGGCGUCGAUGCCCACUGGGCGCCCCCCCGCCCUCAGCCAGCACGGCUCCGCUGAAUCAGGGACAUGACGGCCCUGGGCUCGUCCAAAUCCUCCUCCUUCAGUCCAUGUCCCUCCACUCCGACGAUAACAGCGUACUUGACGACGUGAGCCACUUUGAAGACAUUGGCCUCGAGGAUGAUACGACCCUCGCUACCAAGACCUUCGCCAAACACCUGCGCGAUCCUCACGCCCGACCUUCUGUCGGUACCCGGCCAUCCAACCCCUACGGCCGUUCCUACUCCACCGAGCGAUAUCCUCCUCAUCCCGGGUAUGCGGUCGCCGCUGCGGCCUCUGCGGCAGAGCAUGCAGCCACGACGCCGCAGUCGAGCACCAGUCUCACGAGCCUCACAAGCCCCAUAUCCCCUCCCGCGACGCGAGACCUCGCAGCAGGCGCAAAGGGACGAAGGAAACCCGAGAUCGGCCCUGUACCUCGUACACGGCCGGCCCUGUCCACGCUACAGACAGACCCGCGAACCUUCAACACCCGAAGCACCAGCCUCAAUGCUCGCUCCGCCGACGGCCACAGGGGCAUGCCCCAUCCAAGGGGCCUUCUCAGUCGAUCCGCCACGUCUCUCUCGUUCCCCAACCGCCGCCAUCGCAGCCCGAGCCCCAACAUGUCUCUUGUGCCGCGAGAUCCGAACACGCUCAUGCGUCCACGGCGCGGCAGUUGGCAGUCAGACCGCGACAGGAAAUCGGUUCUUGAACUGGAGAACGAAUGUGACGACGACGACGACGAUAACAUCCCCGACGGCCUUCUUCUCGAUAACGUCCCCAUCUCGCCCCGUCCACAGGCUGAGCGCGCCUUCAGCCGAUCCUCCUCUCGCGCGCCCUCCAGCGAUAGGGCGCCCAAAGAGCGCGUGCGCAGCCUGGGCAACGGCACACCCGCAAUAGCCAUGGCCCAGGGCUCCCUCAAAUCACCGACCUGGAAGACGGAUGCCGAUGCUGCCGCACGUUCCACAUCCCCAGCCGCCGAACCAGACGACGUCGAUAUACCCGAGCCACUCAAGGCCCGCGCCAAGAGCUGGAGCGCCGUACAUUCGGGGCUCAGCGCCGAAGCCAAGGCCUUGACGGAGAAGCUUGAGGAGCAUGCCGACGACAGCGGUGACAUUGAUAGCUUCUCCUACGUCCGAGGUCGCAAGGAACAGCGGCAUAAGUCGGCGCUACCAGAUCUGCCUUCGCUGCGCCAAUCAAACAUGAUGAUUGACGCUAUGCCCAUGUCGAAGGAGAAGGAAGCUGUCCUUGGGCCAUCAUACCGCGGUGGUCAGAUGCUAUCAGGGAGCGGCGAACCCGCGAGCUUUGGUGGCGAGGCGUGGCCUCGCGAAGUCGAAGGCGUAGUGUGGUCUCGCGCCAUUGGCAACGAGCUCGGGUUGACGCCCAACUCGUUCAAGGCGGCGCUGGGCCGAGCGCAUGAUGUCGACAGUCGCGUCAAGGCAGGCAAGGGUGACGCAGAAGACAUCAGGAAGGAGGCCUGGCUUUCCAAGAUUAGAGAGGAUGUCAACGAGAAUACGUGGCGAGAUCUGCGUAUCUUUCAGGUCGGCGGGCCUUUACACCAGAGCCUGGUUGAUCUCCUCUCGGCAUACGCCAUGUAUCGCAGCGACAUCGGCUACGUAGCGGGCUGCAACACUGUCGGAGCUCUUCUCUUGCUUAAUCUGCCGAACCCAUCGUCGGCAUUCAUUGCUCUCGCCAAUGUUCUCAACCGCCCGCUCUCGCUCGGCUUCUAUGCAUCGGACCCAGGCGCCAAGGCAUCAGCCUACAACCUCGUCCUGCAGACGCUCCAGGUCAAAUCUCCUGGACUGCAUGAACAUCUGACCCGCAACGUACCCGAUGCCGACCCGGAAGUGUAUCUCAACACCAUCUUCACUGGGCUCGGCACGUCGCACCUUGCUAUGGACGAGUGCGCACGGCUGUGGGACGUGUAUGUGUUUGAAGGUGAUGCCCUCCUCGUCCGUGCCGCGACGGCCAUGCUGCUGCGUCAGGAGAUGGCGCUAUUGGGCACGAGAGAUGGCGACGAGGUCCGCAAGCUCGUUGAGAGUGGACCGACGAAAAACGGCAAAGUUGCGCUGGCCGGCGGAUCCGGUGAUGAGGAAGGCUGGAUGCGCUGGCUCAGGGAGGCCGGCAAGGCAUGA